AUGGUGGGAGAUGGAGUCGUCAGAGGAGGCGGCGGUGCUCGGGAAGAAUCAGGUAAUGUAGCCGGCGGCGCAGUCUUCCCUCCCUCGUCCGUCUCCUACGCUUACGAGUGGCAACGGCGGAGGAGGUGGCAGCAGUUGAGGAGACGGGAGACGUGGCUGGUGCUGGUGGGAAUUGUGCUUCACGCAGUCUACAUGCUCAGCAUCUUCGACAUCUACUUCAAGAGUCCUGUUGUACACGGCAUGGACGCCGUGCCUCAGCGGAUCUCUGCCCCAGCGAAGCGGCUGGUCCUUCUCGUCGGCAAGUCCUUUCCGCCUUCGUCUCUUUGAUUCCUCUGCAACGUAGUUUGUUUUGGAUGGCACUCUUCUCCAUUUGGACGAAGAGGAGGUGACUAGUUAUGGCUUUUGCCGUCUUAUGGGCUUAAUCUUCUUUCUUCUCCAUUUUUGAUGCAGCCGACGGCCUCCGUGCUGACAAAUUCUUUGAGCCGGACUCUGAGGGGCAUUUCAGGGCCCCUUUCCUCCGGAGAAUCAUAAGAGAGAAGGGUCGCUGGGGGAUAUCCCAUGCACGACCUCCCACAGAGUCGAGGCCAGGUCAUGUCUCCCUUAUUGCAGGCUUCUAUGAAGACCCGAGUGCUAUUACGAAAGGUAAUCUUAGAUAAAAUACUAUCGGUUGUGCUAUUUUGAUUCUUUGUUCCUUUUGCGGGCUCGAUUCGUGGAGCACUAACUGUGACCGCGAUGUAUCUGUCACUAAGGAUUUAUCGUCCCUUUCAGGAUGGAAAGCUAAUCCUGUGGAGUUUGACUCCGUUUUCAACCGGAGUAGACACACAUUUGCCUUUGGUAGUCCUGGUGUUGUUCCAAUAUUCUGUGGGAAUCUUCCUCAUGCCACCUGGGGUUCCUAUCCGCCUGAGUUUGAAGAUUUUGCAUCAGGUUAGAAACCAAUUCACUUGAAAUGCUUUUGAAAAGGUAAAUUAUGAGUUAAAUGCUGCAGUUGAAUGACAACCAUUUGGCCUCUCUGUGGUGUUUUGCGAAUCUGUAUAAGUUUUCUCCAGUCAUGCUCAAGGUUCGUUAUUUCAUGUCCAUAUAUCGCCUAAGAAAGGAAAAUUUGCAAGUCAAAUUGUCUUUUGAGAAAAUUGUCAUUUACAAAAAUAGGUGCUAAAGUCGACUAAAGUACUCUUUGUAGUUCUUUGACGUUACAAGUGCAAUCAACAUCUGGGAGAUGAUAGUUCUUUCUCUCAGCAGUACAAACUGUUUAAUGAGUCAUAUAAUAAUAUUUUUCAUGUGUUCUAAAUGGAUAUCAUUUGAAAACACAUGAAUAUCCACACAUAUUUGAAAUUGAAUUUCUUAAUGAAAUGAUUUAAAAUCUUGAACGUCAUACAUGUACUUAGAGAGUAGAGCCAUGGCAUUAUAGAAAAAUCAUCUGCAAAGGUGGUGAAGUUCCUGAAAACAGAUGUAGAAGAAGUCCAACCUGGAGUUAAGACAUCAGAGUGGAGUAAUCCAGAAGAUGAAGACUCUGAUUACCUACGGAUCACUCAUCAAAGAAAUUAUUGCUCACUAGACCCCCGUCCUCCACUUAUCUUAAUAAUUUGAAGAUCUCGCAAAACACAGUGAGCAGUAACAAAUGCGACAGAAUAAUAUUGAGUCUUCAUUAGUUGAAUAAAAAACAAUAAAUUUACACAAGGGGAAUUAGGAGGAGAAAGGUAAAUGAAGAAACAGUAACAACUCCAUUACAGAUCAAUGCUGGGUACCCAUUUAGGAAUUGAAACAAUUUGAAUAGCUGUUUUGUUGUAUGUUGGAGGAAAUCUGGAUGGGUUACCUGUCAUACUGGAUGAAUAGCUCAUUGCAAGCUAGCAUGUAAUAUGCUUUUUUAACAUAUUUCAGAGUCAAGGAUGGUUUGACCACAGAGAGAUUGUUGAUAUGUACCGACCAAUAACAAUGCUUUAAGUAUUUGAUUUCUAACUUACUAAUAAGCAAAUGAACUGCAUAACUGAAGAAAAUAAGAAAUCGAAUUUCAAAUAUGCCUGAACCUUUUUAACGUCUUCUUUCAAGUCAAAAGAGUAGCUGAGGCAUUGAGGACCAUUCUUUGUAUUCUUCUGAUCCGAAAGUGAGUUUUGAUUUCCUAUCAACAUGGUAUUAGUGUUUGUGAUUCUUUUUACUUUUAUCGGCUAAUAGAGUUAGUCCUCGAUUACAUGUUCCUAAAAAAUACACAAGAAUACAGAAAAAAAUAAUGUACAUGUCGAACACAAAAUAAAGUGCUUACGUUGAAUUUUUUCCAAAAGAGUGAGGUGACAUAUGGGCACAGAAUAACAUACCUUGUAGCAUUUUUUUUCAGUUUUAGGCAUGUGAAAAAGAGAAUGAAUGUGUAUUUGUGUUCUAGGAAGAUGAAAUAACGCUAGUAUGAUGCAGUGAUUAAGUGAAUAAAGAUUUUUUUUUUGACUUUUCCAUUCCUGAAUGUUUUGGCUUCUGGACCAACCUCUGGUCUUUGGGCGUUCUCACAACAGCAUACUUGGAAUGCCUUUUGAUGGGUGGAAACAUCUAGGGGUGAUCUUUUCUGUAGAUAUUCUGUGUACAGUCCAAUGGGAAGAGGUUUCUCAAUUUGGUUAAAUUGUUAAUUAUGAUGUUGUCAUAAUUCUGAUAAGGUGCCCGUUGUUACUUUUAAAUUGACUUGUUUGAAUAACUUCUGCUGUUCAUUUCGGUCAUGUGUCUAAAAAAAAUCGUAGGAUGAAAAAUCUGAGUGUUGUGGAAUCUGUAUCAGAAAGAUUAAGGAGUCAUCUAAUAACUUGGUAGGUUUUUUGGAUUUGGUUUUACCUGACUGAAAACGUUUGUUGCAGAUGCUUCUUUUUUGGAUCAAUGGUCUUUUGAUCAAUUUCAUGACCUUCUGCAUCGAUCACAUAACGAUUCGAAAUUGAAGCAGUUGCUUAUGCAAGAAAGAAUUGUUGUUUUCUUGCAUUUGCUUGGUUGUGAUACAAAUGGUCAUGCUCACCGCCCUCAUUCAACAAUUUACUCAAACAAUGUUAGAGUUGUUGAUCGUAUUGCUCAAAGAGUUCAGAGCCUUUUUGAAGAUUACUUUGGUGAUAAUCAGACAUCUUAUAUCUUUACUGCAGACCAUGGAAUAAGUGAUAAAGGUUUGAAAAACUUGCCUCUCAUUUAUCUCUUCUCCUUGUAUUCUUUUUUCUUGGUAAGUGGUCAUUGUUGUUUCUUCUGCUUUCACAUAUUGUUGCCAAGGGAUCAGAGCAUCCACAAGGCAAAUUUGCGAUGUCUAUGGUGGCUAAGCACUUAGGAAAGCUUAGUAUAUCUUUUUUCCUUUUUAGGUAGUCCUCUUGAAUGGACAAUGCCAUGACAGUCAUUUUUUGUGUGAAAUACUUUCUCAAAUUGUCAAAAACCAUAACAUUCUGCUUAUCAGUUCCGAAACCUGUGUGAUAUGAUGUAGAGUUAGCAUUUAUUUAGAACUUGGAAUAGUGACAUAAUUCAAAAUAAAAUCAAAUAGAUAUUGACAACAGAUUGAGCGACAAUUAUGGACAAAAACAUUUAUUUCUUGUUGUCGUAAAGUAGACAUUCAUGUGAAAUAAAGUUGUGAUUUAGAUUGUCUAUGACAACUUAUUGAUGAAGAAUUUGGUCGAGUGCGAAGUUUUAAACUUAAAAUCUGAAUUCUCGCAUGCAAGUGUUCCUUGAACUGGAUCACCAGUUUAAUAACCGGUGAUCCAGAGGGAACGUCCUGUGAGGAACGUCCUGUGAGGUCACCAGAUGGAACGUCCUGUGAGGAAGAAUAGAGAAAAGGCCAAAAGUGACCACCUUCUGAUACCAUGUUGAAAGGAAGAGGGGGAAGAAUGACGUGGAGGAACUUUCCUUUGUCACAUAGGACAGAGGGGAAGAGCCAGAAACCACCUCACUUUUCAUUGACAGUUGACACCACUUAAAUAGGGAGAAAAGCCUACAUGAUCUUCCCCAAUAUACCCUCAGGCUACAAGUUCUUAUGAUAACCAUCAUCAUGGUAUCAGUUCCCAUAGAUGAUACAUCUUUGCCUUGCAAAUUCCUAUGGUGUUGAAUUCUCAUUAAGCAAGAAAACUUGAAUUCAAAGCCACUUGCCUGAUCUACACACUCAGAUGCGCUGCAGCUUCAUUUAUAGCUAGGUGAUGCAUUAACAUUUGUUUAAAGUCAAACAUGCUUUUUGAUCUCUAUGUUCAAUUAAGUUGUAAAAACAUGUUCGAAUUUUCUUGAUUCAAACAAAAAUAGAAAGGGACCUUCUUGGCACCCACCUCUUACCUAUUUUUUCUUUUCUAAAUGUAUUGCUUCCAUUAUUUUCCAACAAGAAAAGCAUUUCUUUUGUCUUUCAUAUUCUUUGUGAAAUGUUAGAAAACUACUUAGGAGACUGCAAAUUGAAGACUCAUCUCUUACCAAAACACUGAAAUACAUCUGGGAUUUUAGAAAAGAUUGCUGCAUGUAAAGGAUAGUACAUUUGAUCCUUACAUCACCUGUUCACCAUUCUUAAGAAUUGCUAUUCAUUGCAUCUUUAUAAACAAUUUUUUUAAUAAAUUGAUUUCAUGCAAACUCUGUGAUAGCUUUUGUAUCUCAUAGCAAGCUUUCCAUCUCCAUUUGCUAAUCUUCAUGCCUGGAAAACUUGUUGAGAAUUCUAUUAGAAUUUUGUUUACCUAAAAAUAUCUGAGAUAUUCGUCCUUGUGUGUUUUUGGUCUUCCUUUCCUAAGAUAACUAUGAAAAUAAGGACUUAUGCCGUGCUUGUAAAAAUUAUAUUGUGUCAUAACAUCUCACAGAUUCUUUUUCAUGUUCUUUUCUUACACAACCAAGAAGAUGCACCCAUAAACUUAUUUUUCCACUCUUUUGCCUUGCAAUCUUGCCUUUUUCGGAUCAUUCCGGUGUCUUUUAAUAUGUGAUAAAGACAAUGAACUGGAAAAAGUGCUCAAACGUCUGUUUCCUUUUAUCUAUUGGUAGUUUUGUUAAUUUGGUAUAAUGAAGAGCGUUGUUGUUCUUAAUUCGUGCCACUCUAUCUAUGUAUUUAAUUUAACUAUCAUCUUGUGGAGUCAAUUGGAUAAUAUUUCUGUACAUCUUGUAACAUUAGAUUCAUUAGAAUUUUCUCUGUCUCAUUUCUCGUAUAUGCGACAAAAUGCUACAUGCACAAUCUAACAUGUCGAUCUUUUCGUUUUCAUGAAUAAGCGAUUAUAAAUCCGUAUUUCGCUAAUUUCCUGUCGUCAAUUGCCAGACCUUUUAUCCCUGUCAUCAACGUCAUCCUUUUCCCUUUCUUUCGUUUCUCCUAUUCAUGUACACUUGCAGUUAGUGCUGCAGUAUACGGUUAAAUACCGGCGAUUUUAUCCUUGAGUCUCCAUCACCAUUGUUUAGAUUUUCUCCCAAAUAAGCAUGUUUAUGCAUGUAAAAUUUAAAUCAAAGGCAUAUAUUUGUUAAUUCGUAUUUUUUUGGCCUAAUUUAUCCCAUAGCAGGUGGCAAUAACUUGCGUUAUUUGGUAUAUGAAUAUCUGAGUCUACAUGCAUUCCAUAUCCUCCAAAAUUUCAGUUCCCGUACCAUGCCUUUGCUAAUGCCAAAGACGUCUCAUAUGAUUGGAACCAAGUUUCCUUUGAAUACUUAGUUGCCAGAAGUGGAUUAAGGAUACUCAUGUACUAGAUGCACUGCCUGACUUAAAUUUUAAAUUCUCUUGAAUUUAUGCAUAGUCCAUAUCUCUUUUAUUUAGAUUUAUUUUUUGAUGGAGUAGUAGGAAGACUCCAAUCAUAUUCCUGAACAAAAAAUGUAAGAUGAUUAUCCGUGUCUGCUUUUAAUAUCCUGACAUGAUAAUUGUUUUACAUGCAGGAAGUCAUGGAGAUGGGCACCCCACGAACACUAACACUCCGCUUGUAGCUUGGGGUGCUGGCAUUCGGACUCCCAGUUUGUUGGCCCAUAAUAAUCAAUCUGAAUAUGGGCUUUCCUCUGUACAUGAGCACAUACAUGACAUGCCCACGCCUGCUAAAUGGGACCUUAAUGAUGUUGAAAGAGUUGAUUUGAAUCAAGCAGAUAUAGCACCUCUGAUGGUUUGAUUGAUUUCUCUUCUAACAUACUCUUCUGUUGGUCCACGAAACCGAUGUUGUUUCAUUAGUCAUUUUUCCCCUGAUGGAGCUUCAAAUUUCUCCAGGCUACUCUAAUUGGCUCUCCAUGUCCUGUUAAUUCUGUUGGAAAUUUGCCAUUAGGGUUCCUAAACCUGAACAAGGUUAGUCGCGAGUUUGCUCCUUGAAUGUAUUGGCACUGUUUUUUUCCAUAAAAUUUUAGUCUCUUGGGGAUGAUGUGGGACCAAUUUCAUGUCCUUUAAAUGAAAGACAACCCUUUUAGCAUGAAUAACUGAAUAUUUCUUUCGUGUUUAUCUUUGUAAAGCGAGAAGAAGCAGAGGCCACCUUGUCGAACACAAUGCAAAUUCUCAAUCAGUUCCUCAGGAAGUCUUGUAUCCUCGGAAGAAAUCGUUAUUGUUUUAAAAAUGUGCUACUUUUCUAUAUCUUCUUUUUGUGUUCGAGCAUAUCUGGCCUUACCAAAAUUUUGAAGGAAAAAAAAAGAAUCCAAACACAAUGACCCUCAUUAUCACAACACCACCAUUUCUUUUUCUUCUGCAUUAUAGAGUUUUAGUUAUUGUGCCUAUUAAGGGCUCAUGAUGACAAUACAAAUUUACUUAAUGGUCCCAAGUGUAUUCUGAAGGGAAGGGUGGUGCCUUGUUUAGAAAAAACCAACUUGCUUAAUUAAUCAUCUAAUCUGUUAGUUGAUUGCUGUAUUAUUUUGUUUGCUUUGCAAGUGCUGUUGUUUACUCACAAAUGAUUAUUUUGAGGUUCACUUUUGUGUGUCCUUAUCUUACUUUUAGACGUGAAGCAGUCAAGCUCAUUGUUUUUCAAGCCAUUUAAACCAUUAGAAAAUUAUCUAUCCAGUUUGAAGCAGAUUGAGGAUCUUAUCUUUCAGAGUGACUAUGAAGCAGCUUUGAGGAUGUCUCAGGAUCUUAGAAACUUGGCACUGGCUGGCUUGCAUUAUUUUCAAACUUACGAUUGGUUGAUGUUGAUGACAACCAUUACACUUGGAUAUAUUGGCUGGAUUCUCAAUCUUCUUAUUCAUAUCCUGCAGUCUUAUACAUCUCUGCAGAAACAUGUUUCCAUAAUUGUUGAUGCCAACCAAUGGAAUACCACAAAAAGGGUAAACUUUUGAACAUGUGACAAUAGUAUAUUUUCUCUGAAAUACUAUUGUUUUGUUUAUUUGGUAUCAGCAUCAAUGUUACACACUCUGUUGUGAAUAUAUUUAUAUUGGGUUUUGUGUUGAGAUUUUAUUCUACAUCUUUUGAAGUCUCUAGUCUCUUGGGAUUUGCUUCGGCAAAGAUUUUAUCCUCUUCUUUUUUGUUUAUGAGAAUAAAUGAUAGAUCUUCUGAUUUCUCUCUCAUAUAAGUGUUCAUGUAUUGUCAAGUUGACCGGAGCCUUAACCUGCUGUAGCUUGUGUGCUAUUAUAAUCUGGGUAUAUAAAGAGGAGGGUAAAAUAUUUUCAUUGAGCCCCCUAACAAUGCCUCAAAUUGGUGUUAUUGAGAUCUCUUUGCUGAAGUUCUUUGAAGCGAUUCUUUCUUUUAAUUUUUCUGGUUACAUAACUUGGCCAUCUUUUAAAAAUCAUUGCUGUCUUUUCAUCACUCAGUGUCAUUGAAAACUGUCACCGAUACACUCUUUUUUUCGACUUCAGCUUUUGCUUAAAACUUCUGAUUUGUCUUCCAGUCUACAUAAGUUUCCUACUCUUUCAUCUUCAUCUGCUAACUGGUUCUCUAAAUGCCUGCUCACAAAAACGUGACACAGCUGCCAUUUCAGAAGAGAAUGAGGUAGUAUUUCUCAAUUUCGCCGUUUUCUAGAUUAAAGAAUUUUGGCUUUUCUGGAGAGCUAGUGGGUAUUUUAUAUUUAUAUUUUGUAGUCAAUAGUUCUCUAUCAUUGUGGAAGGUUUCAUUGAAUAAAUAAUUUCGGCAUUAAAAAAAUUAACAUAAAUUUCGAUCACAAUUCGUUGGCUGGUUGUUUCAAGUCAUUCGGUUACUUUGCUAAAAGUCAUAGUGAGGAGCAAUCACCUAUUGAUCAUUAAUCAUGCUGACCUGGUGGUGGAUCAUCUUAUAAAGAUAUGUAGCCUAUCUUGUUAGUUCAAUCAUCAUUCUCAGGCCUUGGGUAUUGGGUUACGAAUAGGAGGGGACCAUUAUCUAGAAACUUCUUCCAACAACUUACCAUCCUAAACAAAUAUAACGACCUUUCUUGUAUGCAUACUCAACUGUCAACCUAUUUCAAUGUAAAGUGACCGGUUUUUGUUCACGCCUAUACGCACUUCCUAAUGAAAUGAAUGUUGAAGCAAACUGAUUUUACGCCCACAGGAAGUUCUUCACUAUUUCAUGGGAUUUCUCAUCGUGAGGAAAAUUCUACUAAAAUCACAUAAGAAGCUAGUCAUAUUUGAGAUAUCUUCAUGACGACUUUCACAAAAUAUUCACUAAUAUGUCCUAUUUAAAUUAAAAUGUGUUUCAUAAUUUGUCUACUAUAUUUUUUUUAAAAAUCAUGCUAUUAGCUUUCUUGUCCUGCAUGACUUGUAUACAUUUUUCACUCUGUUUAAUUCUAUUGUCUGAUAAGAUGAACAUAUAUUUUCUCUCUAUUUAGUAAAGUGAAUGGACUUCAAAUUUUUUGUGUUGGUAUUUUUGAUUGGAAAGUUAUUACUUUACUUUCUCCCUUCUUUUGAUCCAUCUCACAUUGGUAGCUCUUUACCUCAAGAAUCUCUUCAGGAUCCUUGUUUCUGGUGACAACCUAGAAAUUAGGUCGUGUUACAGCCACAGCGGACAUAGCCUCUUAACACGGGUUAAAAUAUUUGCCUCUCAUAGCCCCUGGAUGCAAAGUGAUGCCACUACAUGUAAAUGAAUGUUUGGUGACAUGUGUCUUAUUCUCUACAUCUAGUAUCGUUUGUUUAUAGGUUCUUUGGCCUAAACUGCACUAUUUGAGUACAUAGUGUUCCACUGAACGUACAAUUAGAUCAACAAUAUCUAAAUUUUUUCUCUAAAACUCAUACUAUGGUUCUACAUUGAAGAGAGUACUAUGUUCAAUAUCCAUAAUUUAUAUUUGGUGAAAUACUCACAUUAUUUACCUCGCAAUGAAGUUUGGUAAGCAGUUUAUGAUUCGGUGACACUAUGAUAGCAAUAUCCAUUGAGUACUUCGUGUGCGAUUGGGUGGGGAGCGAUUUUUUUUUUCUUGAAGCUAAACUCUAUCAUCCUUGACAGAUUUGGAACUUUUUGACUAGACAUGGAACAUAUUUUUUAUCGAAUUGUUGUGUAAAUGAUGGAUAGGGAAUGGAGUCUGGAAGCAAAUUGGGAGCAAUGGAAAGUUGUAGAGAUAUUUACAGAAUAUAUACUACAAUUAGCUUUUUGCGUUAAGAAACUUUCUGUUGCUUAGAUGAUUUUCAACUUUGGAAGUCUGUGGUUGUUAAUGCUCUCCUUUCUCGUUUGAAUCAGGUCUAUCUGGGUGCCUGUCUGUUGACAGGAUUGUAUUCCUCUGUAUUUCUUUUGGAGAAAUCUCCACUUCUUUACCAUGUCUAUUCUGCAACGACUAUAUUUUUAUGGGCACAGAUUUUCAGUAAUAUCCAGUUUAUAGCGACUGCAUGGAGGGGCUUUUCUGGGAAAAGAUACAGUACUGUUGUGAAACUAUGUUGUGCUUGUUUUGUGGCAUUAUUCAUUCUUGAAUUCUUGGUACGUAUAUUUCACUUUAUUACUCUUUCUUUAACGGAAAUUUAUAUGUUGUUCGAUUUACAAUUUAUGUUUUCUUCUUCCUUCAGGUCUCUAGUUUCUCAGAAAGGAAACUGUACACCUGGUGUUUCAUGACUACGGGAGCUGUUGCUGGGUCUUUUAUCUUUUUCUGGAGAAGGCCUUCUACGGGAAUCUUUUUAUGCGUUGCUUGCUGGUUCUUAUCCGGUUUUACCUUGAUGCCUGCAGAAAUUCCUGAUAACACGGGACUUGUGUCAGUUUCUCUCUGAAAUCUUCUUAUCAUAGGUUUUUUGGUAAUUUUUUGGAGUAGUAAAGUAUUCAUAUGAAAGAAGCUUGCAAGGCGAGCUAAGGUUUAGCCUCCCAAGUCAACUGGAUGACUUCGAGUCAUGGGAAAACUCUGAAAAUGUCGAUCUGUUUGUAUGGGAAACAUCAUGUCUUUGGUCAUCUAAAUUGGAGGUUUCUUGUAAAGGAAUUAAAACUUGAAGUUUCAGUCUGGAAGUUUGAAAAAGUGUUUGCUUCUUAUAUUGGCAUAUACUCUGAAAGAAAGGUGCCUAUCUAGGCAUGUGAAGUAUUAGUCGGAUUUAAAUGGUAGGGAAGGGGCAGAGUCGUCUGCAGUUGCUGAAGUCUUGGUUUAGAAUGAAAAUGUUUGUUUUUGUAAUAAGAGUUGAAGCACAUAUGUGAUUGUGAUCGUAAAGAAGCUUGAUUUUUGUAGAAAAGAGUAUCUAAUGAUGAAUAUAUGAACAUUUUGAAGUUCCAGGUUGGGCGAUCCUUGUUGCAUUGUUGCAAAUAUUCCCUUUGUUUGAUCCAGAAAAUGUGGCAUUUUCUCCACAAGUCUUUGGAUUCUCGUAUGCUGUAGUUUGUGCACUGCUAGUAAUAGGAAAAUUUAUCUAUUGCUGAUGAAGCAUAGGAUAGUGCGGUGAUUUAGGUGUUCGCAAGAUUGUUUCCUUUGUGUUAUAUAGUCUCGGCUUGCAAAACCUGUCUCCUUGGUAAUGCUUAUAGAUGAUUUUUUUUUUUCUUAAGGAAACUUGGUUUGACAUCUCAGUACAACUAACACCAGUAAGAUCACCUUUAAUACUGUCAAAAUCCUCAUGUGUAAGGAUCGGAAGGCUCAGCUAACUGGGGUCUGGGUUGCAGUAAAUAACCACGGGUUAGAAGCAAAUCGUGUUGCAUAACUAAAGGUUUGAUGCAACAGUGUAAGAAUUUCUGUGUAAGACACUAGUCAAAUUGAGUGGUAUUGAUAUGGCCCAUGUAAAGUUUACGUAGCAUUCAUUAAUAUAUAAUUAAACUAGGCUGUUUUACUUUCCUGCAUAAAAAGCAACAUAGUAGAACACCUUUCACAAUUUAGCCUUUACUAGUAUGAUACACAGAGUUCACCCCCCAUCCCUAUACGAAGACUGGGUCAAAAUAUUUUGGGUAGGGGACAAAAACAACAAAGUCAUCACCCAUCAGAAACUAACUGUUCGAAAUUCUUCCCAGUUCUUCAUUUGUAUCCCUUUGUUCCUUUUGAAGAAUGGAUGUGGCUUAACUGUUCUUCUCAUUGAUGAGGUAUUUACUUUGACGAUAGUACGCCCUCAUAUAUUUAGUCACAUUGAUUUGUGGAAAACCACUGAUUUAAGUGCACUUCAUCUCUCCACCACUUUCAAUGCAUCUAUUUGUUUCAGUACAUGUGUGAUUUUGUUUUUUAUAUCAAUCUUUGCUAUAUGAUACAGCCUAAACUAUUCUUUUCUUUGUCCAAUUCAAUAUGAUGACUAAUGCUUGAAAGUGAUUGUGAAAUAUCUGCAUCGCCUGCACCCUUUGGUUGUGGUGGAGGAUUCCUGAAGUAUUCUGUCUGGGAUGAUAUUGCCAUCUGCUACUGUUUUGUUUUUUCCUCAUUAGGGAAUAUGAUACGAUCCUCUUUAGAAGGAUAGGAUUGGGGCGAAUUAGGUGGGAAAUCAAAUUGUAUUGAUCAAGCCAACUCUAACAGAAUAGUAGAGGUAUGGGCGUCAGAGUGACGGUUCUUACCAGAAUAUCAGAAAGGGAAGAGAGAACUGAGAAGUAAGGUGGGGAAUGGGAUUCGAGAGGAUCCCCUGCCUCUCCUAGUCUGAACUUUCCGUCCCUUAUUCUGUUCCUCAUAGCACCGUUUAUAUUCCUCUGUCAUUCUCAUCUGAGCCGUCGGAUCUGUGGAAGCCUCCCGAAGCUUCUCUUGACUGCUUCGCAUGUGACCUCCUUUUCUGUUGCACGUAACAGAAUACUGAUCAUAAUGUAUUUUAUUUUUCAUUCAUACUUGAGAGAUUGCAUUCGUUUUUCCUUUUUUGUCUGAUUCUUCAGUCUUUUUUUGAUCCUAAGAGCUCUUAGUUCUGAGAAAAAUUAGACAGCUAACAUUUGUUCCUUGGGUCAAUCCAAAAAUUUGGAUUCUCAUUUUUUAUAGGAUUGCAAGUGGGGCUAUUAUUAUCCUGAUUGGAAUGACUGGCAGAUUAUUUGAGUUUUAUGCCAAAAGAGAUAAGCUUUGGUCGUGCAUUGUUGGUCCCUCAGUAGAACCAUAUAAGAAAAAGCUCUUCUGGUUUCAGGUAUAGGAUGUGAUUUUUUCUGCUUAUUACCUACUGCAAAAUAUUUUUUACAUAAUAUGUAAUAAGUUUUGGUUCGAUAGGUGAUAAUGGUUUUGCUAUCAUCGGUUAUGGUGUGGGUGUCCACUUCCCACAGAUCUCAGAAGAGAGGACUGCUUUUAUUGCAUCAGAUAAUUAACUGGUUCCUCACAGGUAGACGUAGCUCUCUUCGAGAAUCUAUUCUGCAAUUGUUUUUUCAUGGUUGACUGUAAGAUCGAUGUCAUUAAUUCAAUCUCAAUAGGUCCUCCCCUCUACAUAUUAUUUGCCGCUAAUUUGUCUGAAACGAAAUCUAGUAUUAGCCUAUAAAUGUGAUGAUUCUUUUAGUUUCUGAUGGCAUCACUUAAUCACGAUCUUGGUGAUUGCAUGUGACUAGUUAGCAAACUAGGCACAUUAAAUUAAACUUAUCCAAAUAGAGGUACCCAACUUAUCUGCUGAUUUCAUUUUUACUGUGAACUGGUCAGAAUAAUCUUGCUUAGAUCUUUUUAUUUGGAGAAAGUUGCCUUUCACUAAGUUUGGUUAAGGUCCAUCAACAUAUGAAUUGAUUGCCGAAAUCAUGGUGAUGCAUGGAUCACAGCGCCUGGAAGAAAAUAUUCUAGAAAUUCCUGUGUAUAAAUGUAUUGUCAUUUCUAUAUGGCCGAGUUUAUAGUUUGCUCGCACAUUGCAUCCUGAGUUUUGUUUCUCAUUUGAUGAACAAGUGGGUCAGUGACACCUGUGCUUUUAUUUUUCUGAUAUUAGCGUAGGAAAUCUCAACCUUUCUUACAAGUAGCUGAAAUGUCUCUAGUUGGGGUAACAUGAACUUUCUAUUUGUUCAAAAGAUUUCUUGACUUCUGUAAAAUAUGAAAUUGUUUGAAGCAAGCUUGCACUGACAGUUCUUGUUUUGCUUUAAAUGUUCUUACCUUUUGACAGGUGUUUCUAUUUUACUACCGUUACUAUCAUCAAGCAACCUCCUUCCACGCCUCACUUCUAUAUUUUUGGGUUUUGCUCCCCCAUUUCUUCUACUGUGUAUAGGGUAAUCCUUCUUUAUAUUUUCUGCUUUGAAGUACAUAUCUUCAAUUUUGGCUUCUUAUGAUUCUGAUUCUUGUAUUUUCAUGUUCAUGAGAAUCCAGUUAUGAAGCAGUCUUCUACAGUGCGCUUUCUCUUGUUCUUCUGGGAUGGAUAUUAGUCGAGUGUAUAACUCUUAAUUCGACCACCAUCACUCAAGUCGAAAGUGUGGAGGAGAAGUUCAACCUCAAAGAUAAUGAAAGAUGUCUUCGCCUUUCUGACUUAAGAGUUCCAUUAAUUUUUGUAAGCCAUCUUUUACGUUCCUCAAAAUUUGCUGUCUAGUUCACAUUUUCUUUUCAUUUGUCCAAAAUUCAGUGAGAACUUUAAUCACAAGAUUGAAAUAUUGUCCUCAUUGAAUGUAGAAUGACUUUUACCACGAGAAGAAGUCAGAUUUCUCGUUGAUUUCAUUUUCCUCAAAAUUGGUCACUUUUGUUCUCCUCCCAUCCUCUCUACAUGCAUUAGAUCCAAAGGUCCACCGCAAGUCAUCUAGAUACUAAAAAUCAUUUCUGAAAGGCAAAACAGAAAAUGGAAUAAAUCAAACUCACCUGAAGUCAUUGUCAAUCACCACUGACUCCUGGUCUGCUGACCCUCAUGGCAUCCACAGCCACCUGGAAAGUAAUGGAUUCAGGGUUAGAGGUUUAAUUCGAAUUUAUAAAAAAAAUCUUCGUUUGGUGUUUUCUUGUGUGCAUGCCUUUUCAAAAGAAAUAUCUUUAUAUGCAUUAUAAAAUUAUGAAAUAAAUACCCGUAUUUCUUCUUUUUUUAUGUGUUGGGAUUUUCUAAGAUGUUCUGAAAUGUGGUUCAGGAUUAUAGGCGAUGUUGAAUCAUCAUAUUGAACAUAGAAAUACUAUUUGUCACCAGGUAGUCAUUGUGAGGGGUGCUAUUCCACAGGGCUGUCAAACCCAGUGUUUCAUUUGUCUAUUAGGUAGUAAGGCAUCACGUCCAACAUAGGAAGCAGAUUCUGUGGAAUUCCGUGGAGCCUUCAAAUCUAGUAUUCAUUUCUUAACUCCUAUUUGUUCCAAGGGUGCUAAAUCCAGACUCAAAUGAUGUUCUUUCUUGGUGGCAUUUUUGUGGUCAGUCUUCUGCAGCAAGCGUAUUUCCUGGAAUUUUGCUUCCCGUCAGUUUCCAUGGCAUGUAGAAUACGAAGGUCUGAUAUACCUUGCUAAUGUGCAGUAUGAUGAGACGGGGAUGCCUUAGGCUCUGACAAUCUCUUCUGGGAAGGGGAAAUGGUGAUUUAUCAUUGGAACAUGGAGACACCCUAGGUUGACUACAUCCCAAGGUUCCAUUCUACGCAAGGGUGGUGAAACCUGAGGUUAUUAGGUGCUUACCUUGAUUGUAGUUGAGAGUUCCUCUGAAUUUAUGCACGUUGAGGCAACAGUAAUCCCUCUUCGUGAUUUGAGAAUUUUCUUAUGUGCAUUGUGGAAUUGUCGUUGUGAUUCCAUGUAUGGAGCUUAAUCUGAUGGAUGAGCUACUGGGCAUUAUUAAUCAGCAGUCAGAAAAUCCUUACUUAACUCAGAGGACACUAGAUGUGCUUUGUGUUGUAUGUGAUAUAUUACAUCAAAUGUGCUAUCUUGAUUAGCCAAAAUUUUGAAAGAUACUCUUCUGCCUUUAACUGGGUAUCAUUGUGCCGCGUUAAACUUUACUCAAUUCUUCUGGAUGGCAAAAUAAUGCAUCUUCCCUAAUUUUGAGUCGCUCUUGCUUGUACUAUCAAAUUUCGUUGCAGAUGGUAUAUUUUUCUGUACUAAAAUCGUGCAUAAAUAACUUGCAGAUGGUGUUGUUUAAUGUUGCUUUUUUUGGCACGGGUAACUUUGCAAGUAUUGCGAGCUUUGAGAUUUCAUCAGUUUAUAGAUUCGUCACGGUAUUCAGUGUAAGCAUAAGUCUCUUGCCUUCUUUUUGGUUAAAUACAGCUAGAUGAUGUUGCCUCUGACUGAACUUUUCUCAAUGCAGCCAUUUUUCAUGGCAGCGUUGCUCAUUUUCAAGUUAUUCAUUCCGUUCAUGCUUGUGAUGUAAGGACUUAUUUAAGCGUGUCUAUGUCCUGUUGUUCUUUUGAGUCUAUUGGGAGAUGCACAUUUAAAAUCGUUUUGUUGUACAGAUAGAUGUGUAUAAUUGCUUGAAUUAAUAAUAUUUUAUUCUGAAAUCUCUGUUCAUUCUGGAUUAGUUCACCCAAGCUGACUAGAACAAGUCAUUUUCAGUGAGAUGCAUAAAGGCUGAGUAGUUUCAAUAUUCGUAAUUAACUAUAUCCAAUGGACCGAUAUAUUAGCUUUUGAACCUCAGUCAAAAGGUCUCAUUAUUUUCAUAUUUGAUGUGUGGUUGUGUAUUGUUCAGUUUAGUUAGGAAUAACUUGUUUCAUUGUUGUUUACAGAUGCGUAUUUAGUUCAAUAACAAAACUAAUCCAUGUUCCAAGAAUGGGUUGCUACUUCCUUGUAAUUUUGCUAUCGGAUAUCAUGACGAUUCAUUUUUUCUUCCUGGUAAGGAUUCUUUCUUUUUUAACAAUAUUUUGUUUUUGAAUUCUAUUGUAUUUAUGAACCGUUAUGCAUCAAAGUUUAUAUAGCUCUGUGUUGUUCCGUCUAGUGAAAGAAGUUCAAGUAUUUGCUAAAGUUGGAACUUGAACUGGUCAUCAGUCAUCUGUAAAAUACAGGGAAUGUAAAAGAAUAGCUCCCCCGUUCAAGUAAUUAGAAAAUGCUCUUCAACAUAGGUGGACAAACCAUUGUAGGCAUUUGCCUGAAUGGGUCCGCGCAAAUGAAAUGAGUUUUCACUCAGAAUUAUGCAUUCACCUUUUCAUAUUCCACCUCAGAGAAACCUUGGUUGCACCACUUGCGCUUAGUUUCUAUCUUUCAGCUUUGAUCUCAACAGUGAAUCAGAAUAUUUUAAUGACUAGUAUACGACCAGAAACUGUCCAAAGUCUUGUCUAGAGUCCGGCCUGUCCAGGUGGACACUUAGUUCACUCGUACAUGCCUUUAGCUGCUGGAGAGAUUGGGAGAGAAAUUCUCAUCACUAUUGUGCAGUGGGUAACAUGACUGGAUGCUGAAAGUAAACCUUCAUUUGGCAAAGACUGUACUACCCACACAACUGCUUGUAAAUAUCGUUAGUGUAACCUGAGCUAGCUCUCUCUAACACAUAUUUGACUCUACAGAGGACCUGCAACCUGAACUUGUCUAAUUGAAUCUCCAUCUGACAUCAGGCUCUUCCAGCGAUAUUUUCAUAUCCAACAUUGGUGCCCCAAUUUUUCUUAUCAGAUGCUCCGUCAUUGCUGGCAUUUGAUUAAAUGGAUUGACCCUCGAAUUCCAUGUUCACCAUCUCCAUGAAAAGCCUUAGCCUUCUUUAGUGACUCAGUACAACUCAUAGGUGCCGAGAGGUUUUGAAAGUUACAAGAUCUCCAUGGGAUCAUCCAAUGAGUCAGCCAGUAAGUGAUGGUUGAGAACUUGUGAAUGCCACAUCACAGAGGAAAUAUGCUUUUCCUUGUGAAUUUUGUUGUAUCACAUGUUUUGUCUGAUCUAGUUUGAGUGGUUUUGAUCUAACAUAGGCCAUGCAGAAAGGGAAGGUGCUAUCUAGGUAUCAAUGGCCUAAAGAGAAUCCGAUCCUUGGAAAAUUAGAUGCCUGAUUAUGUUGACUUAGCGGGCUUAAUAGUAGGUAGAACUUGGGUUUAAUUAUCCUUAUUAUCUUCUAGUAAUGUGAUUAGCGUGUCACUUGGUCUAGCGGUCAUGUAACUUGAGAAUGGAUUUUCGAACUAAUAUAAGGUUGAGAUUGAAUGAUCCUAGAAGUUAGAUGUUAGGAUUCUUGAGGUUUUCAACGCCAAGUAGCUUCUUUCUUCAUUCACGCUGCCUCAGUCUUAGGGCUUUGCCCCAUGUUUUAGGGUUUUUUGAAGACCCUUUAGAUGCAUGCGAAACCUCUUUUGUGACAGGAGUGAUUGAAGAUGGUUCUCAAUGAAUCACAUGCAGUUACUGGCUGGGCGGCUUUGAAUGUGAAUGUAAAAGUAUGAAUCGAAUUUGAUUCUUUAUGAACAAAGCUAGGAUCCUUCUGAGACAAGGGCUUUAGUCCAAGACUUCAACAAAGCACUUGUAAUAGGAGAAAAUACUGAUGGUUGAAGUAGUGAUGUGGGUUGUGGAGUAUGACACCUCAAAAGAAGGAAUAACAACAUCUAGAAUUCCAUAAGAAGAGAAAAAGGGAGAGGCAGUAGAGGAGAGCGUAGGUGCUCGUUAUUCUGUCGGCUAGGUGUCUGAAAGGAAAAUUUAUCUAAUUUUGUCUGACCGAAUUCAUUUAUUUCUUCUAGGAGUUUAUUAAAAUUGAAAAACUGGGAAACUGAUUAAUUAAUCUACAAAGCUAACCAACUAAGCAUCAUGGGUAUGAUAACGAACUAACAACUCACAGCCAAUCUAUUACAGCACGCAUCAAGAAGGCUUCUCCAAUAGACUAUAAAUGAAUGAGUGACACGUCAGAGCUAGUCAUUGAGUGGGGAAGCGACGUUCUGAACUGCCGCUGAGUUGGCUGAACCAAAUUAGGAAGCUAUCAAGGUGUCAAAUAUGAGUUGACGCAAAUCAAACAAGAAUAAACAUUUGGAAAAGAUUUCUGUCGUAUAAAUUCAUGGAACCAUUGUUGGCCAUAGAUAAUUACCCUGGCUUCAUAAAAGGAAAACUACCUAGGUUGAAUCCCACGAUUUAUAGGAUACUCAACCAAAUUAGGAAACUGGCCAACAACCUAACCAACAUAGGAAAAUUACAUAAAACCUAACCCUAGUUAUAGAGUUUUUCCCACACGAGUCUUGGGUACAAAAAGGGAGAGUGCAUGAACGAGUGAUGGCAACCAGGAGAGGCUGCACAAGAAUGAACGUGUUUAGGAUCUAAUUUUCUGUUCUGAAAUCAAGGUGUGUUUCAUUGGCUAUCCAGAAUAAUGUUAUUUUAGUAAUUGUUUUUCCAAAAUCUAUGAAACUGUUUUUUCGUCACCAAUCGAACAUAAGUGCUUUACUCUUUUACGGUGUAACUAAUAAAUCUGGGUCUUAGUUUUUGACAACAUCUCUGCUCCGUUUCAAAUCUACAGGUACAAAACACUGGAAGUUGGAUGGAAAUCGGUAAUAGCAUAAGUCACUUCGGAAUCAUGAGUGCUCAAGUUGUUUUUGUAUUGUUUCUGUUUGCCCUCACUAACAUUUACACUAAGGAUAUCAAAGUCAUGUCUUUUCCGUUGGCCUCUCUGAAGGCUAUGUAG